UGGGGUCUGACAGAUUGCAGGUGCCCAGCACUCAGCACUGAUGUCUCAUCGAACCAUGGACUGGCUGAUGCCCCUGGGCUGCGUCUUGCUGUGGCCGGGGGUGGCGCUGGCUGAAGUGGGGUCAUUCACUGGCUGCAACAAGUAUUUCUACCGAGAUGCUGAGCCAUAUGGCUUUGACACGGCCGACACGGCCGAGAUCUGCCAGAGGUACAGCAAUCUGUACCACUUUGCGACCCUCUAUGACAGGUCCAACCGGAUCCCGCGCUGGUCGGCGUACACCCUGGGUGAGCCUAACUGCCCAGGGCAGGCCCAGAAGAGGAGCCAGUGGUUCGUGGAGCCCCAGCUGGCUCAUCCAGAUGAGUCCCCAGACAUGACGACGGAGGCUGAGUCAACACUGAGCCUGGACGAGUGGAGAUCCAGCCAGGCCCUCAAUGAGGACUAUGAAGACACGUCAUACGACCGGGGCCACCUGAACCCAAACGCCUUCCAGUGUAAUGUCGGACGUACGGCCACCUUCACCCUCACCAACGCCGCCCCCAUGCACCCCUACUUCAACCGGGUCCACUGGUCCAAGCUGGAGAAAACCCUCCAGGCACAGCUAACUGGGAGCUGCAGGAAUGGGAGAAGCAAACCCUACCUGGUGACAGAGGCUGUUCCCAGCGACAGUGAGAAAAUCCCCAGAGAGGGGGAGGACAAAGAAGGGGACCGUAAUCGGACAUACAACAGGGUCUCGGUGCCCAGCCACAUCUGGACAGCUGUUUGCUGCAACCAUCGGGACAACAACCGCAAAUUCUCCUUCGCCUUCAUAGGAGAGAACAAGGAGGCAUCCGGUCUUGAAAUCAUCCCCGUGGAGAAGCUAAACACAGAGCUAUCACGUCUGUACAAGACUCCUGGGUCAGUCGAGGUCUUUGUAGAUGACUGUGGCUCCGAGAGCCAGAAAGGAAAAGAGGUUUUAUCAGCAAUAAAGAAAGCCUUGUACAAUACCUUCCAGAACUUGCUAACAGACUCUUACCCCCAGCUCCUUCCACCCGAGGAGAGCAGUAAACUGGACAGGGAGACUGCCCAGGUGAUGACAAGCACAAACUUGGAUCAGAAGAAGAUGCAGCUGACGGGCAUUGGGUUCCUGGUGGGUAUUUCUAGCAUGACAGACUGGCACAUCCAGUUUGAGAAGAUGUACAAAGAGGACAACCUGACCUGUGUGUUGGCCCCUGCCGCAGCUGCAGUGGCAGAGGCUUCUGGGAUUUCGGACAGAGUCUGCACCCUCCAGGAGCAGAAACACCUGCCAAACUCUCGUGUAACAGCCUCAGGGUGGAGCUGUGUUGGGCAGGCCUGUGGGUAUCAUGGGUACGCCUACAGAUGGUGUUACACGUCUGACAGCGAUGACUGGGAUUACUGCUGUACAGGGAAGUGCACAGUGAACCCAGCAUCUAAACUAUACAAGUGCCCACGAGGAGAUGGCUCCAUCACAAAAUGCUCACCCCAGUACUCCACGGUGACCGUCUCUGGGAAGCCCUGUCGGGCUGACCAUCCAUGUGGCCUUUAUGAGAAAAAAUACUUCUGGUGCUAUAUAGAUGAUAAAGAGAACUGGGACUAUUGCUGCUCCCCGCAGCACGACUGUGGGUACCAUGGCUAUAAUUACCAGUGGUGUUACAUCCAGGACCCAGCACUUGCCUCGCGGCCCUGCACCCCGUGACAUGCCCACUGGGGAGGGAAGGGGCAAGUGGAUGCUUCUCUGGCUCCUUCACACCAAAGCAGAGAAGAAAUGAAUCAGCUGCCUUCAACUAUUAGUGCUAUAGGCCCCACCCCUCGGCUGCGGCGACUCCGCCCAUUUCCUCCAUCUGUCUCUUUAGAUUUUAAAAUGCCAUAAAAAAUAAUCUCCCUCCCACCCAGAAUUUUAGACAGCAAUUUCCACAGGAGAGUCUCUUCCACCACCUGCCCUGGGUUCAAAGGUCUCCAUGUAACAGGACUGGGCUCCAUCUUUAAAACCAGCUACAGACUUUGGAUACUUGACUUCAGACACUAUAAAGAAGGCUGGUUUGCACAAAAUGCUGAGCACCUGGCCUCUCCGACACAAGCCACCAUUGGGGGACAUUUUUAAAGGUGCCUCAGGAGUUUAGGAGCACAAGUUUCUUUAGAAGUCACUGGAAGCGGUGCUCCUAAAUCUCCCAGAUGGUUUGAAAUGUAUCCCCUUAAAGCUUCUCAUGUUGUGCACCCAAAACACAGGCAUCUAAGCUUUGUCAUUAGAAUGAGGGGGGGCAGUGAAGUCAACGAUGACAUCAUUCAGAUGGUUUUUUAAAGUCCUUUUGUGCAGGAAUUUUCCACAGAUUUUUUUUAAAUCAAAAUUGGAUCAAAUUUUAAGCAGUGAGGGGAUUAGCCAUUGAAGCAACGUAGUGGGAAUGUGAUGGAUUUUCUGUCACUUCAGGUCUUUAAAUCAGGCUAGGAUAUCGUUGUAAAAGAUCUGUUCUCAUUCAGCAACCCAGUAUUGGCCUCAGUGCAGGAACCACUAGGUGAGGUUCUCUGGCUUGUGUGGCACAGGAGCUCAUGUAGAUAAAUCUCUGCAUUAAGCAGCUUCGCAUAACUUUCAUAUGACUUUGUAUUAUGCCUCUUCAGAUAACCUUGUAUUGGGUCUAUCCAUGUAUGACCUCUGUUUUCAUGCAACUUUGUGUCAAGUCCUAGAUAUGGGAACUUUGUAUCAAAUCCUCAUUUAGAAACUCUGUAUUAAGCCUUGGUAUAAGGUCAUAGCCCCUAAGGAUAGAUAAAGUAGAAGACAAAUGUCUUUUUGCUCAGAGUAGAACAAGAUCUCCCCCCUGUUAAAUGAACGAGGUGUGAAUGAGGAAGGCGUGAAAGGCAGCACCUCCAGACAGCUGCAAUGGUUUCAGAGAGGAUGGAAGCCAGACCCAAGAACAAUAAAACUUAUCAAGUGGGCUCAUUAAGGAAGAUGGCCUUGGGGGUUAGGAGCAAGCACCUUCUUUUGAAAACACCCUCUUUGAAAAUAAAUGUGGCAGCAUUAAGACAAUACCCAGAAAGUGGCACCAGAAAGGACCAACGGACACAGACACAGAUUUUGGAUCUGAUACAGAUUUGCAUGACAGGGAAGCUGCUAUAAAUGUGAGAUGUCUUGCAGAGUACCCCGGGUCUUGUCAACAUGGGAGCAUCGAUCCAGAUCAGCAAAAGCUCGGCUCCACCCCUUCCCCAUCUAACGCACCUGGCCAGUGCAGUUAAGGGGAGAAACUAAUUGGUAAAAACAACAAGACGGAGUGUGCUUGUGUGUGUGUGUGUGUGUGUGUGUGUGUGUAAUAUAUAAUCGUAUGCAUGUGAUACAGUGUUGAUUGAUAUGUGUAUUA